AUACCAUGGCAACCCACGUUUCAGAUGUCGGUCUGGUUCAAAAUGCUGCCAAGGUUACUAACACCUUUGCAUCUAAUCUCUUCCGAGUGUUGACUGAGGGAGGAAGCUCAAACAACAACAUCUUCUUUUCUCCUAUGAGCAUCUCCACUGCACUUGCUAUGACCUUCAUGGGGGCACGUGGUGAGACAGCAAGCCAGAUGAGUCAAGUACUUCACUUCAACAUCUUAGAAGAAUCUGUCCUCCAUCAGUCAUUUGCUGACCUGAGAGCUCUGGUUUUCAGUCCUGAAGCACCCGCUGGUGAGACAGCAAGCCAGAUGAGUCAAGUUCCUCCCUCCAACAGCGCAGAAGAAUCUGUUAAUCAGUCAUUUGCUCGCCAUAUAAGGGCUCAGUUUGCGCGUCCUGCAAUUCCUUGCACUCUGGUAGCUGCCAACAGAUUGUUUGGUCCUAAGGGAUUGGAUGUCUUUGCGACAUUUGUUGACGACAGCAAGAAGUACUACGGAGCCAGUAUGGAAAUUCUUGAUUUCAUUGGUGAUGGGGAAGGUUCUCGUCAACACAUCAACUCCUGGGUGGAGAAGCAAACUGCGAACCGCAUCAAAGACUUACUUGCUGCAGGAUCAAUCGAUGAUAUGACUCGCUUGGUGCUGGUCAAUGCCAUCUACUUCAAAGGAGAUUGGGCUGCCAAGUUUGAUUAUCAGGACACAAAUUUCAAUGGGAAGUUCCGUACUUUGGGUGAGUCCGAGAAGAUUACCAUGAUGCACCAGACAGGCAAGUUCCACUAUGCUCGUGACGAUUCCGUGAGCAGUUCUAUCCUGGAGCUACCUUACCUCAAGAAUGAAGUAAGCAUGUUCAUUGUGUUACCUGAUCAAGUGGAUGGGCUGGCUGAUGUGCAAAAGAAGUUGAGUCAAGAGAAGAUUGACUCCUGGGUGACAGAUGCUCGUAUGCGUGACAGUCCUACUGUCAUCGUGUCUCUUCCAAGGUUUGACCUGGAGCAGGACUUUGUCUUGAAUGAUGUCUUGAGGAAGAUGGGUAUGAAUGAUCCAUUUGAUGUUGGCAAGGCUGACUUCUCAGGGAUGACAGGAGACAAAGAUGUCUUCAUAUCCACAGCGAUCCACAAGGCUUUCUUAAAGGUGAAUGAAGAAGGCAGUGAGGCAGCAGCAGCUACAUCUUGGUCUAAGUGCUAUGGUAUCGAUUUCCCACCAAAAGGUGCUGUAGAAUUCAAUGCAGAUCACCCUUUCUUGUUGUUCAUUUAUGACAAUAAGUCCAGAGCUGUUCUGUUUAUGGGACAGCUGUGCCAACCAAAACAGUAGACUUUGGUGUGGCAAAGUAUGGAUAAUUGUCAAUGACUGUAUAGCAGGUGUAUUGAAGCACUUAAGCUAAACAACACUGGAUGUGUUAUACACAAUGCAUAUGUGAUCUUUUGAUUAAAACAAAAUUCUCUUCAGGACUUGUUGGCUAAAAAAGUAUAACGUACAAUGUUGGAAUAAGCUCCUGUUCUUGAACUGUGAUACAUGGUAUAAUA